UCCUCGCCUUUCACUCGCUCUCAGUUGUCGGUAAGGCCGGCGGGGCGGAUCCCUUAGUAAAUUGGAAAAUAAAUUAAAAGCAACACAAUCAACGCUUCGGCUUAUUUGCCUCCAGAAGAUUACUUUUCUCCCUUGUGGACAUAUUGCGCAUAAAGAUGCCCUCGGCAACAAAUGGAACCAGGACUGUGAAGUCUGGCAGUCCAGACUUGGGAUCUGCUCCCGGAACAAUGAACCAAAUCACAUCCAGCAACCAGCUGACUGGAACCCGGUCAGAGGCCCUGAAGCAGGUGCUGGUGGUUCUCGAAAAGAAAGUGCGCAAUAUGGAAAAGAAAAAGAGCAAGCUUGAUGAUUAUCAGGCCAGAAACAUCAAAGGGGAAAGUCUCAACCAGGACCAGCUGGAAGCCCUGUCUAAGUACCAGGAGGUAAUCCAUAACCUUGAGUUUGCACGGGAACUGCACAAGAGCUUUUUGGUGUUGGGUCAAGAAAUCCAGAAGGGUGUUAAGAAAGCAGCACGUCGUGAGCAACUCCAGCGUGAAGAGGUAGAACAGAAAAGGCUGAAACAGGUUCUGGAGCUGCAGUUUCUUCUCGAUCGACUUGGGGAUGAAAGUGUGCGACAAGAGUUGCUUCAAGGAGCCGGGGGGCCUUCGCUGCUUACUGAGAGUGACCUUACUUCCUUGGAUGAGUUUUACAAGCUUGUGGGGCCUGAACGUGACCAAACCAUUAGGUUAACUGACCAGUAUCAAGAAGCAUCACUGCACUUAUGGGAACUUUUAGAGGGGAAGGACAAGCCUGUAGCAGGAACAACAUAUAAAACAUUGAACGAGACAUUGGAGCGGGUUUUGCAGAGCGGCUACUUUGACAGAGUGCAGUCUCAUCAGAACGGAGUUUGUACAGAGGAAGAGGAGCAGAAAGCCGUAGCGGAAGUAUCUGAAGCUGAGGAGCACCCUCCCGAAACGGAGGGUGACAUUACGGAAGCGUUUGCAGAACCAAUCCCAGUUGAGGUGACCGAGUUUGUAAAUAGGCAGUUUGUUUUGGAGAGCACAUACAGUACUGGUGAUAAGGAACAAAGAGAGGAAUGGAGUCCGGAGACGGAGGUGGUUAACCCCAUUCAACCGGUUCAGACCGCCCCCACCCCUGUCGUCCCAGAGCCCCGUCCUCUGACCACAGUAACUCAAGUACCCCCCUCAGACCCUGUGGUUAGACAGCAGGUGGUUCAGGAUCUCAUGGCACAGAUGCAGGGACCAUACAACUUCAUGCAGGACUCUAUGCUUGAUUUUGAUGGACAAUCUCUUGAUCCGGCUAUUGUAUCGGCGCAACCGAUGAAGCCGGUCCCUAGUAUGCAGAUGCCGCCAGUGGUGUGUCAACCCGCUCACCCAGAGUCUCGUCUCGCCCAGUCUCCUGCUGUUGGCGUUCAGCCUGAACCCUCACAAAUCCCCAUGGUCUCUCCGUCACCAGAAACCUUCUCCACACCGCCUCCAGUAUACCAGCCUUCUCACGCGGCUGACCCCCGACCACAGGCGGACUCCAUUGAUCCUGUUCAGGCCUCCAUUCCCUUGACAGAGCAGCUGCCUCCAUCUACGGUGCUUCCUCCUGCCGCCCAGACCCAGGUGAUCCAGCCUGGACCCAAACCCUUGCACAGCAGUGGCAUCAAUGUCAACGCAGCCCCAUUCCAAUCCAUGCAAACGGUGUUCAACCUUAAUGCGCCUGUCCCACCAGCUAAUGAAACGGACUCAAUGAAGCAGGCCAGCCAAUACCAGAAUAGCUACAGCCAGGGUUUUAAUAGCCAGGCGCAGCACCCUGUGGAGCAAACAGACAUGCCGCCAGAGCAGCUUCAAUCUGUAGUUGGUGCUUUCCAUUCUCAAGACCAGUCGCUCCCUAACUCCACUGGCCCUCAGCCCAUGUCCCAGCAGUCAGGUGGCCAGGGCAACGGGUUCAGCCGCCAGGCUCAGUCCUUCUACAACAGCAGAGGGAUUUCUCGCGGAGGUCCUCGUAACUCGCGUGGUAUGAUUAAUGGCUACAGAGGACCAUCCAAUGGUUUCAGAGGGGGAUAUGACGGUUAUCGCCCACCCUUCUCCAACUCUGCAAACUCUGGAUAUGGACAAACCCAAUUCAGUACGCCGCGGGACUAUUCCAACAGCAGCUAUCAGCGGGAUGGUUAUCAACCGAACUAUAAACGUGGUGCUGGCCAAGGGGCUCGAGGGGUCUCUCGAGGAAGUGCUCCAGCUAUGAGGUCUUAAGUCUUGUGAACUGAGCUUACAUCAGGACCACAGUGAACAUUUUGAAAUACUGAAGUGAAUAUAUCCUGGCUGUUUUAUCCCCCUUCUCUCACUAUCAUGGAAUUGAUCUGAGAACAUCUAUCGUCAUGUUAAAAUGGACAAAAUGGUUCAAUGAUUCUGAAAGCGAGCUGAAAACCAAGUGUCAAGAUUUUAAACGUACCCUGUGUUUCUAACGGAUACCUGUGAACUUGAAAGACUUAAUUUAUUUUAUUGUUUUGUUGGAAAAAAAAAAAAAAAAAUUGUAAAAAAAACUUGUACAUGCCACAAAUGGUCCAAGAUUGGGAUUUCUCUUGCUGCCCCACUGUUCUGUUCACACUAAUUUUGGUUCUAAAAUGUUUCUUUUGGUACAUUAAGAGUCUCAGUUUGUAAAGUGAUAUUGCUUCAAGAGUUUCAAUAAAGAUGUGUUGCAUUAA